AUGAAGAGUGUUUGGGAUCUAUGUUAUAGUCCAGAUGGCCUCCGAAUUAUUGUUGCAGCAGGAAUAUUUGUCUAUGUGUACGCAUCGGAAGGCACUCUGCAAAAAACUCUGAAGGGACAUACCGAAUUAGUAUACUGUCUUGACUUUUCUCAUGAUGGGAAACGGUUUUCUAGUGGAUCAGCAGACAAAAAUCUUGUUAUGCUUGUGAGUUUUGCUGUUACUGACUUUGCUAUAUGGUCUCUGGAUAAACCGGUGGUGACGAAGACAAAGCUACCAUCACGAGCGAUGUGCUGUGACUGGAAUUCAGACGGACAAUAUCUUGCAAUAGGGAUGCAAGACGGAUCGAUUUCUAUCAGGAAUCAAGCCGCAGAAGAAGUUUCAAGAUUAGAAAGGCCUGGAUCUUCGAUUAUUUGGCGUGUAAAAUGGAACAACCUAAGAUCAACUAGAUUUAGAAACUCCUCUGCCAAUGUUCUUGCAGCAAUCGAUUGGAACCAAAAACUGUGUCUAUUUAAUCUUUCGGGAAAACAGCUUGUUUAUGAAGCCGGUGAAUUCGUCACCGAAUUCUUCCUCGUUGAAAAGCCUACUAAGGAACGGGGCCUUGGCUUCAAUCCUUGUGACAUCUCAUGGAUUCCCUCUGAAGGAAGUGAUUUGCUCCUUGUAUCUGGUUCCAAUCGCUGCUGUAUGGUCUACAGCCAGGAUGGUGUAAGAUUAACUAAUUUGGCAAAGGAGACUUCUUGGAUUAUGUGUUGUCGAAUCAGACCAAGCGAGAAUCUAAUCAAGAUGCCUUGCUAA